CCUAGCUCAAGUUUGAACGAUCGAAAAACUUUAAUUAAACCAUUGCCAUUAUAGAUUUACCCCCUAAUCCAGACGCUUAUUGUUGCAGAAAGUAAUUAUACGUCAGCCUUUCGAUUAUACCUGUCCACAAAAGGGACAACAGUUGUUCUUCCCGCUUAUUUACAAGGAGUUCAGAAUACUUUAUAUUGCCAAUCCGCCUACUCAAUAGAGAGUUAAGGACUCAAUCAAACUUAAGAGAGCAGAUUGAAAACUUGAAGAAAUUUUCACCAAAGCCAUGGCUUUUAAGGAUGUAUUUUACAGGCAAAGACACGGAUAUAGAAAUCUAUUCCCUAAAUCGAAGGGAACGUUAAGAGAAAACAAAGGAACACAACUACCCGAGGCAGAGAAGGAAGGUUUAAAAUUACCAAAUAUCAAACCUCUGACAACUUAUAGCGAUUAUACAAAAUCUAUGGAUUUUACACCUAGAAGAGAAGUAAGAAAAUUACCGUUAAUUACACCUGAUUUUAUUAUUGCCUCAGAUUGGCCUUCGGAAAGGCUACAUAGUAAACUUUGGAGACAAUAUAUUAAAUAAUCCAUUUCUUUGCUAUCUUCUUUCAAAAAAAUUGUUACACUUGUAUAUUAUUGAUAUAAUCCUUUUGCAUUUGAAUUCACGUCUAUCUUAGAAAUAAUACAC